CCUGAAUAUAUUUCUGCAAAGAUAUAUGAAAACCAUGGCAGAUUAUGAUUUAUCAGAAUUAUUUUUAGAAAUUAAUAUUGGAAAACUGUUGAGAAUAUUUCUAGAAAAAUCAUUCUAUCACAUUACUCUAGAAGAUCUUGCCAAAGCAAAUACAUUAAAUGAGCCCAGCAUAUAA